AUGUCCUCGGUCGCGUCUGGUGUUUGUGGUCCUCUCGUCGAAUCUUAUGACCUGCCAUCACUCAGUACAUAUUGUCGUACUGCCACCGAGUCAAUUACACCAUCCAUUUGCUCUCAACAACUGCAAUUACCGCGAGCGCCCUUAUUCCUUACACGUACUGGGCCACAUCUUCAGCGAUUUUGGAUCCUUGUAGAAAUGGACCCCGCAACAGGCCAAACUCGGAAGGAUUUCACUGAGUGA